CGAAGAUCGAAUUGCACCAGGAAGCGCGUGGUGCUUUUCGGACUGAGCUAACGUUUCUUUAUUUCUUGUAAUCGUUUAUCAUUUCUUCUAGGCCAGUGGCCGAGACUGUGUUACUGUAUUGUACGUUGGAGAAGCUUAACGCUUUUUUUCCCCGCUUUUCACGUCCUUAAGAAAAGCAAACGCGCCUCGCCUUGGAGCCCCGGGAGUAACUUUCCAAAUCACAUUCGGACCUCUCAAUCUGACGGCAACCGGAAAAAAGGGCUUGUGAGCAUUUUUAGUCACUGUUCCAGUUCACUGAAUAACUGGUCGUUCUAAACUUUUCCUGACACAGCCUCGGUGACGCUAGACAGCGGCAAUGGCAGAUGAAGAUCGCCCUCAAGUCGAGCUCUUUGUGAAGGCUGGGACAGAUGGUGCAAGUAUAGGGAAUUGCCCAUUCUCUCAAAGGCUGUUCAUGGUUCUCUGGCUGAAAGGUGUGACUUUCAACGUUACCACUGUGGAUAUGAAAAGGAAGCCAGAAAUAUUAAAAGAUCUUGCCCCAGGAGCACAGCCACCUUUCCUGGUGUAUGGAUCAGAGGUCAAAACCGAUACCAACAAGAUAGAGGAGUUCCUGGAAGAAACCCUGUCCCCACCCAAAUACCCUAAGCUGGCAGCCAAAAAUCCAGAAUCAAAUACAGCUGGAGUGGACAUCUUUUCCAAAUUCUCUGCUUAUAUUAAGAACUCUAACCCAGCAAUAAAUGACAACUUGGAGAAAGGUCUCUUGAAAGCCUUGAAGAAGCUAGACAAUUAUCUGAAUACUCCUUUACCAGAUGAAAUUGAUGAGAACAGUGCAGAGGAUGAUGCUGUAUCUCAUCGCACCUUCCUGGAUGGGAAUGAUCUUACACUUGCAGAUUGUAACCUGCUUCCAAAGCUGCAUAUUGUCAAGGUGGUGUGCUUGAAGUACAAGGGCAUUGAGAUUCCUUCUACACUAAAAGCCGUCUGGCGUUACUUGAAUGCAGCCUAUGAAAGAGAAGAGUUCUCCUCAACAUGUCCCGACAACAAGGAAAUUGAGUUAGCAUAUGCUUCUGUGGCUAGAUAAGAUAAGAUAUCUUUCAGACAUAGGUGAUAGAAUGGCCAGGUUAAGUUUUUGAAUCAGUUACAGAACCAGUUUACUCAAAAUGGGAAGUUUUGCUACAUUCCCAAAUCUGCAAAACUGGAAAUCAGUUCUGCAGCUUUUUCCAAGGUUUGCUGUUCACAAAACAAUAAUACUCAAAACAGACAUUCCUAGUUUCCGAUUUGUUAAUCAUUAUAUAUUUAUAGUCCUUAGGGAGUUUUGGCCACUGUGGCUAAGACUACCAAUCAUAUAAUUCCAGAAAUUUGAAAAUGUACUAUGACAAUAAAUUCAUUAAAAA